GCGUACACAUGAAUUGUCAUCACAGAUUGUUGCUUUUUAUUCUUUAGGUAUUUGAUAGAAACCACUAACCAGUCUUCUGCUUCUAGUUGUAAUAACACAUAAAUCUCAAAUCAAAAUUCCAACAAAUUAUAGAAAGAGGACAGCAGUCUCACUCUCUCUUUUACUCUUUUCUAUCUUCACUUACAUUCGUUCGGUUCUUCUCUAUCCACGAACCGCUAACAGGUGAGGAGUUGAGGGUAUUGUUCUGUUUGAUUGGAUGAGGAAGGUUUCGAAGAGGGGUGCGUGCAAGUCUGCAUCGCACCAGCUCUUCAAGGACAAGGCAAAGAACCGUGUCGAUGAUCUGCAGGGUGUUUUAACUAAUCUACAAUCUGCGAGGAAAGAAAGCCGAAGUUAUGAUGUUGGGUUGCUUGAAGAGCAAGUCCACCAGAUGCUGCGCGAAUGGAAAGCUGAGCUCAAUGAGCCAUCCCCGGCUUCUUCUUUGCAGGGAGGAAGCCUUGUUUCAUCAUCAGACAUCUAUAGACUGUUACUUGGUGAGGAAGAAGAUGAUGCGACCAGUCCAUUAGCUGCGCCUAAGCCUGAGCCUGAUGCUCAAAAAGUUAGUGUUACUGGUUUUCAAGAGGGUUUCAAUGCAACUCAGGUGCUGCAGGAGCAAGGUUUCCACUUGGUUGAUCAAUGCAAAGGCUUGCCUUUAGUGGUUAACAAUGCGGGGAUUAACAAUCUUGGCAUUGCAACCCAAUUGGAUUACCAUUCUUUUGAUUUGCAUCAAGAAUACGAUCAGCAGUACUUACCUGGAUUUGAUGCUCUAAAUCUUUGCCUAGAGGACGCUUUGCCUCCUAUUCAUAUUAGUCCUCCAGCCUCUGCUUUCCUGGGGCCGAAAUGUGCACUCUGGGAUUGCCCCCGACCUGCGAUGGGGUCAGACUGGUGUCAGAAGUCUCAAGACUACUGCAGUGACUAUCAUGCUUCUCUUGCACCUAAUGAAGGUUAUCCCGGGAGGCCUCCAGUUGUUCGGCCAAUGGGUAUCGGCUUAAAGGAUAACUUGCUUUUUCAAGCUCUUGGUGCAAAAGCACAUGGAAAAGAUGUUGGUGUUCCUGAGUGUGAGGGUGCUGCCACGGCAAAAUCCCCCUGGAAUGCACCCGAGCUCUUUGAUCUUAAAGUUGUUGAAGGUGAAACAAUUAGGGAGUGGCUUUUCUUUGAUAAGCCUCGAAGAGCGUUUGAAAGUGGAAACAGAAAGCAGAGGUCAUUGCCGGAUUAUAAUGGACGGGGUUGGCACGAGUCAAGGAAGCAAAUGAUGAAUGAAUUUGGAGGGCUGAAAAGAUCCUACUACAUGGAUCCACAACCGAUGAAAAAUCUGGAAUGGCAUCUUUACGAGUAUGAGAUCAACAAGUACGAUGCAUGUGCCUUGUACAGAUUGGAACUGAAACUUGUUGAUGGGAAAAAGAUCCCCAAAGGGAAGGUAACCAAUGUAUCUGUUUCUGAUUUGCAAAAGCAAAUGGGAAGACUUACUGCUGAAUUUCCUUUGGACAACAAGCGAACUGUUAAGGGCAGAGCAAAGGCUGCUAGUUUGAAGAAUGUGGGAAACAUUCAAGCUGCUCCAAUUCCAAUGCUUCCAACUUGUGAAGGGUUUGAUUAUGGGACCGGCGAACCUUAUGACUAUCUUGUAGACGAUUUGGAUGGCUACUUCAUUACCUAAUUAGAUACAUGCAUCGAUGCUUUUCAAACAAGAGGCUUUUCGCCUGUGUAUUAUACACCAGUUUCAUCUUAGACUCAAAAAUCAUGUUGGUGGGCAAGUUGCUCGGCUUCUGCUUACUUAUUUAGUCAGGGCCAACGGGAUGCCUCUCAUUUCCAUGGGCUUGUGGUCAAUAUUUCAUUGUCAUCUGUGACGCGGUCUCAUCUAAUUAUGGAGCACAUUUUACUGCUUGAAAAUGAAAACCCAAUUUACUUGGUCUUCUCAUUUACAUAUUUUGGAGCCGAGUUGACACUAAAUGUAUUGAUGUUAUAGUGUCAGACUCGGUGACCACAUGUAAAUGGUAAUUUGUAACGGUCAUUUUCUUCAAGAUCUGCUGCUGUUUUACAUGGUUACAUUGUAGGUAUGAUCAAUAGGAUGGACAACUUUAAAUGCAUGGUUUGAGGCUCUAUUUGGUGUAAAACAUUAUUUGAAGCCCAAUCUGGCAAUCAGAUACAUGUUCUUAUGUA